AUGGCGAAUCGACCCACCCUCGCCUCGAGGAGCGAUAUUGCCAAAGAUAAAGAUGCUCCCAUCGAGAACCUGGACGAUAACCCCUCCACCAGCGUCAAUGCGUCCUCCUCCACCACCACCUCCCCGCCUCAAGACGCUCCCGAGAUGCCGUGGUAUCUCGAAGUCGAACCGCCGAGCCGCCCCCGACCCCUGAUGAAGUACGUCGAGAGGCACCUGCACGUCGCAUCCGGCCGCUUCGUGCGCUGGCUGCGGUACAACUACAAGCUCGAGGCGGAAGCGGACGGCCUCCUCGGCCCCGGCGAGCUCAAGACCAAGCUCCGCCGCAUCCGCCGCAAGGCCAAGCUCCUGGGGACGAGCACGACCGCGAAGCCCGGCGGCGACGACGGCCUGACCACGGGCUGGAUCUGCGUGAACCUGGGCACCAUCGGCGCCGAGGUCGACGAGGCCGCGCGGUUCGACGAGUCGGGCAAGCUCUCUGGUUUCGGGAACACCGCCGCCGGGACAGGCUGCACCAUCGUGGUGCAGGUCAUGACCGAGGCACGUCGCGCGGAGCUCAAUCUCGAGAAACUGAGCGCCGGGUCCCCAAGGCGGCACCCGUCGCAGUCGCUACCGGGCCAGAAACGAUCCUAUACCACGGGCGCCGCUCAGCGCGGGUCCCAGCCCGGCAACGGCUCUUCCGCCGCCGAUCUUCCAUCCUCUGGCAUCCUGAAUGAGGUACGCCGCCGGAUAUUGUCGUACCAGCUCAACGCGGACGGCGGCGCCUCUGCGGCGCAAUACCCGACGCUGCUGCACUCUAUAUUCUCACCUCACAUUGGCAAAGCUCGUGCUGAGGAGCAAGUAAGUCUCGUCGACGAUGUAUUGAGGACCCUGUCCGAGCGCCAGGAAGAUUUGCUAAACAACGAAGUCAUCGUAACCGUAAUCGAGUCCAUCGCCGUCUCCGGCUCCAAGAACCCCCUUCUCGCCCGGCUUGCGCGGCUUCUCCGAGCGUACGCCUCUCUGAGGGACUGGGACCGGUUCUGGAGCGUGUGGGAGCUUGCGCCGCAAUCGGGUCGUCCUCGGACGGAGGCGCUGUACGCCGACAUGUUUGAGGCCGUCGCGGCGACCAGGAAUGUGCCUGCAUGCAAAGAAGCCUUGCGAACGGGGAUUCACACCAUGUCGCGCGAGUCGCGACCCAUCUUUCCUGGGGACCGCAUUUACAAGGCCGUACUUGAGUGCAUCUCGCACGUCGACCCCGAGGCCAUCGAGGCGGCGGCCCGGAUUGAACAAGACAAAGACCAGGGGUCCACCCAUUCUUACAUGGGCCAACGGCAAGACGACGAGGAAUUUGUCACGAUGAUUUACAAUUUGCGAUUGGCGAGGAAAUAA